ACCCCGCACAUUCGCAACUAUUUCGUUCUUAGGUUAAACAUUUUAUUCUUGUGUUUCACUUUGAUUGUCUAAUUUACGUGCCUGGGAUACAGCUUCUGCGGGACUAGAGUCGCUAGAAACCUUUUUGUAGUGCAUUUGAGCAGCACUGAAGAUGGCUCCAACCAUCCAAACUCAAGCACAGCGCGAGGACGGCCACAGGAGUUCUACCCACAGAACUAUCCCGGAGAGGUCUGGUGUCGUCUGUCGUGUGAAAUACUGCAACAGUCUCCCUGACAUCCCCUUUGACCCGAAGUUUAUCACAUACCCCUUUGACCAACACAGGUUUGUGCAGUACAAGGCAACGUCACUGGAGAAACAGCACAAACAUGAGCUGUUAACAGAGCCAGACCUGGGAGUGACCAUCGAUCUCAUCAACCCAGACACAUAUCGCAUAGACCCCAACAUUCUUUUGGAUCCAGCUGAUGAGAAGCUGCUGGAGGAGGAAAUCCAGGCACCGUCCAGCUCUAAGAGGUCUCAGCAGCAUGCCAAAGUUGUGCCCUGGAUGAGGAAAACGGAGUACAUUUCCACUGAGUUCAACCGUUAUGGCGUUUCCAACGAGAAAGUGGAAGUCAAGAUCGGCGUGUCGGUGAAACAGCAGUUCACUGAGGAGGAGAUCUACAAGGACAGAGACAGUCAGAUCGCCGCCAUUGAGAAGACAUUUGAAGACGCCCAGAAAUCGAUAACUCAGCACUACAGCAAACCCAGGGUCACGCCCGUGGAGGUACUGCCUGUCUUCCCUGACUUUAAGAUGUGGAUUAACCCCUGUGCCCAGGUCAUCUUUGACUCUGACCCUGCACCCAAAGACGUGUCCGGGGGAGCAGCUGUGGAUAUGAUGUCACAGGCUAUGAUCCGGGGUAUGAUGGAUGAGGAAGGAAACCAGUUUGUGGCGUAUUUCCUGCCCAAUGAGGAAACACUGCGUAAGCGCAAGAGAGAUCAGGAGGAAGAUUUGGAUUACAUGCCUGAAGAAGUGUAUGACUACAAGAUAGCCAGAGAGUACAACUGGAAUGUGAAGAACAAGGCCAGUAAAGGCUAUGAGGAGAAUUACUUCUUCAUCUUCAGAGACGGGGAUGGUGUUUACUACAACGAACUGGAGACCAGAGUGCGUCUGAGUAAGAGGCGUGCUAAGGCUGGAGCCCAGUCCACCACUAACGCGGUGCUGGUGUGUAAACACAGAGAGAUGAAUGAGAAAGAACUGGAGGCUCAGGAGGCCCGUAAGGCUCAGCUGGAGAACCAUGAGCCUGAGGAUGAGGAGGAAGAUCUGGAUCUGGACAAAGACACCCAGGACUCUGGCGAUGAGAAAGACAAGGGCAGCGACAGCGAUAACUCGGGCAGCGAGUCUGACCGCGACGAGGACGGGGACAGGCGCGGCAGCGGUGAGGAGGAUGAAGAUGACGAGGAGGAGGAGGAGGGAGGUAAACCGCGCAGGAGGAAGGCCAGCGCCAGCGGGAGUGAAAGCGGAGAGGAGAGGAAGAUUCGCGACGAGGAGGAGAUCUUCGGCAGCGACGACGACAGCGAUGAAGACGAGCAGAAGAACGGCGGGCGGAGCAGCGGGCGGAGCAGCGGGGAGGAGGAAGGCAGCGGCAGCGAGGAUGAGGACGGCGACAGAGGCAGGAGGAGCGGCAGCGGAACUCCCGCCCACAGCAGCAGCGAUCACUCUGACGCAGGACAGCAGAGCGGCAGCGAUAGGGCCUCGGACUCGAGUGACGGCAGCGACAGCGAAUGAGAGGCCAGGGAACGCGCCUUUGUCUCGCUCACUGAUCUUUCCCAGUCUAACCGCGCUCGUUUUUAAAGACAGAGUUAUGUUUCUUCCGAAUUGGUUUAAAUUGAACACUUUCCAUCUCAAAUUGUAUCUCCUGUUCCUCCACUAAAUGUUUUUUUUGUUUUGUUUUGUUUUUGUAAAACUCAAAAAUUGACAUUUGGAUCUCUUUAAACCUUGCAGCAAGCUCCGAUUGGCCAAAUGCAUUUUGUGUGUGUGUGUGUGAGAGAGAGAGAGAGAGAGAGAAAGAAGGAGGGGCCAGUGAUGUCAUAACAGAACCUUUGGGGCUUGUAGCCAGACGCUGGCUUUCACCGGAGUGCCCCAGAGCUGCAGUUCUUCUGAAUGUUUUGGGGUUUUGUUUUUUUCUUCGGCUGCGGCUGGAUUUUGUCGAGUCCCUGUUUAUCGUCCUCGUGUGAGCUCUUGCAACGCUCAGGAGGAGGAACUCAAAUACAAAAAAACAAACGAGUUGUACAGGCCUCUGAAGUCCAGCUGUUUCUCAGCUCUGUUUAAAAAGGCCUGGUGCACUUCACACUGAGCAGAUCCACUGAAUGAAAUCUAUGCCAAUACCAAUACACCAUCCUUAUGAAAUGGAUCUUUGUUGUUGUUUCCUGACAUUUUUAUCUCAGAUCUCACCCUCUUUCUGAACUGAACUAGAUGAGAUCUCUGGCGUCAUGACAUAAACUGACUUGUCCACUAUGGGGAGAAAUAUCCAGCUGAUGGUAAUUUGUUUGUUUGUUUGUUUUUUUAAUUCAGUAGUCAUCGUUUUAGUGGAUUUGAACAAAGCACAUUAAAGACGGCUCUUAUCCCUCCUGUGCUGAGAUCCUGCAGACACAGGGUGACUGUAAGACACAGAGAUCCUGCAGACACAGGGUGACUGUAAGACACAGAGAUCCUGCAGACACAGGGUGACUGGCAGACACAGAGAUCCUGCAGACACAGGGUGACUAUAAGAGUGUUGUUUGGUGAGGCCCAGACGGGCCAGGUUCUCUGCUGGCUCGUACCUCAGCCACACACUCUUCCCCUGAAAACGGAGCGGAACCACACCUGAACCCACACCUCACGGCCCCUCCCCUCUUUCACUGUGGCCCGUUCUUUUGUAAGCGCAGUGUCCGUGUAAACCCAGCGUUUUUCAGCGUGUCUCGUUACCGUGUAAGCUCUGUAAAUAAACAAAUAAAGACUAAA